UGCUGUAGGAGGGCAUUCCUGUUGCAGCACCGAAGAAAGGAGGCAAGGAGAAGCUGGGGUUCCCUUUGGCCUUGUUUGGGGUCACUCUGGUCGUCAUGGAGGACGGUAUCUAUGUGCCUCCAGAUCUGACACCAGAAGAGAGGCUAGAGUUGGAGAACAUCCGGCGACGGAAGCAGGAGCUCUUGGUGGAAAUCCAACGCUUGAGAGAUGAACUCAGUGAAGCCAUGAAUGAGGUGGAGGGGCUGGAGGCCAAUGAGGGAAGUAAAACACUACAAAGAAACCGGAAGAUGGGGAUGGGACGUAAGAAGUUCAACAUGGAUCCCAAAAAAGGAAUACAAUUCCUGGUAGAAAAUGAACUUCUGCGCUCCACACCUGAGGACAUUGCUCGCUUCCUCUACAAAGGGGAAGGCCUCAACAAGACAGCCAUUGGGGACUACCUUGGCGAGAGGGAGGAGUUUAAUAUUGGUGUGCUUCAUGCCUUUGUUGAUUUGCAUGAAUUUACUGACCUCAAUCUAGUGCAAGCGCUCAGGCAGUUCCUGUGGAGUUUUCGAUUACCAGGAGAAGCCCAGAAAAUUGAUCGUAUGAUGGAAGCUUUUGCUCAGCGGUACUGUCUGUGCAACCCAGGGGUCUUUCAGUCUACAGAUACAUGUUAUGUCCUCUCUUUCGCGGUCAUCAUGCUAAACACCAGCCUUCACAACCCCAAUGUCCGAGACAAGCCCACGGUCGAGAGGUUCAUCACUAUGAACCGUGGUAUCAAUGAUGGGGGCGACUUGCCGGAGGAGUUGCUGCGGAAUCUGUACGACAGCAUCCGUAAUGAGCCCUUCAAGAUCCCAGAAGAUGAUGGGAACGACUUGACUCACACAUUUUUUAACCCUGACCGUGAGGGCUGGCUCCUCAAGCUGGGAGGACGAGUGAAGACCUGGAAGCGACGCUGGUUCAUCUUGACUGACAACUGCCUCUAUUACUUUGAAUACACCACAGAUAAAGAGCCAAGAGGCAUCAUCCCAUUGGAAAACCUAAGCAUUCGGGAAGUAGAAGACCCACGGAAACCAGGCUGCUGUAAGUGUGGAUCCUUUUUACGAGAUGUUGGCUGCCCGCAAGAAACGCAUCUCAGUGAAGCAGAAACAGGAGCAGGCAUGAGGUGGGGAUUAGCUAGUUCCCACCCUUCCCCCUCUCUGUACAUCUUCCUGUAUCAUCUCUCGGAUCUUCUGACAAGCCCACCUGGGUUGAACUCCAUGAAACCAACUAUUCCUGUUGUGGGUCCACCACACUUCUUGGCCAGUCUAAUGGCAUGCCAGCAUCCCACUGCCUCCACUCACUCAUCUCCCCCCCCCCCCCCCCCGAGCUUCCUCUAGCCCUGUAGGGGUUUGCCAGUGGGACUUGAGCUUGGGAACUGCCAUGGUGCGGUAACUUCAGGGAAUGUGCAUCCUUUGUGUUUUGAGGCAGCUUCUCCAAACUGAAUUAAUCUUCAGCCUUCAUCAGACAGAGUCAGUUGGUUUCGAAGCCUCUCACUUAACCCCUCCACACCUUGACUAGGGGCAACCAACUUUGAUCAUGGUAAAAGAACAUUUCCUAUUUUGACUGGACUUCUUCGUUCUGCUUCCCAACAUAACAGCUGGUCUGCAUGUCUGAGAAGAAAAAAAAUUGAAAAACCCCUUCAGAUUAUUAGCAAUUUAGAAUGGGGGGAAGCCCUUGUUUUCACUCCCAUCGCUACAGAAAAACCGCACCUUGCUCGCCUAAGCCAAGCACAUCAGGGAGUAAGCUAGCAUGUCUUUCAAAUUGCUAGUUUUCGGUGUUUCAGGAUCACUCAAGUCAUUUAAUUUCCCCAAACUGCUUCUUGAUGCAAAUAAUCACAUGAGCAUUUUUGACAUGCUUUUUCUCUGUAGGAUGUCCCUUUGAGUUUGUUGCCAAACCAGCCAUAUUGUGCAUCCAAGAAAACAGUAUUCUGAGUCUGACACAUUAAUGUUUAUAUAUACCCUAUUCCCCAUUAUUUGGGCUUACAAAAGGAAGUAAACGCACCAACAACCAGCUGGGGCCAAAGAGCCAGAUAACUAAAGUAUAUGCACUGACAUAAUUUUGAACACUAUUUGUAGCCUUCAGCAGGAAUAACUGACACACAUUUAUAACUGACAGCUUGUAAUUCUUCAUUGUUAGACUCAGAAAUCAUGGUUCCCAAACUUCUUUGACUGCCAAGCAAAAACUGACAAUCUCCUCAAUUACUUGUAGAGUCAUUAGAACAUUGACACUACCGCUAAUUCUCCCUGCUCUUUCCUGCCUCAAGUGUAGCAGCAAAUAUACGUGGGGCUUCCUUCUGUAGUUAAUUCAAUAUGUUUUUAAUGUCAUACAGAGGAAUUCAAACGAGAACACUCCCACUGGCAUGUCUCUGUAUUGUCUUUUUCAGAUUCAGAUCUUUCUUAAAAUUCUGGAAACUGUUUUCUUCAGUUAUAAUAAGUCACUAUGCCAUCAGGAUGGUUAAAAAACUGUCUCUCCCAUUUUUCCAGAACUGUUGAUACUUACUUGCACAUUCAGGGUUAUUAGAUCAGAGAACAAUAAAGAAGAAAAAGAGAAUUAGCUUACGAAUUGGAAGAAAAAUUAGUCUGUGUAAUUCACUUUGGGGGUGGGGGGAUCUUAAAAAAUGCAAAAAUAAGAUAGUCCUUGAUUUAUGACCAGUCUCUUAGCAACCAAAAUAAAAACAUCCUCUCCUCCCAAGUACUUACAACCCAGAUUCGAAGUUCCAGAUCUAGGGCCCGACCCCAACCAUGCAAUGAUUACAUUGUGGGGGUUUGGCAAUCAUUUUGCAUUAUAUGGGCAUUUUCAGCUUUCCAUGGUUACAUGACCAAGUUUUUUG